AUGUUUAGAGGAAGAUUUAUUGCAACACUCCGAUUGAUGAAUAGUCACCAAUCGAACAACAGUACUGUUGUGAAUGACUUGUCUCGGAAACUACCCGUGGUUGCCCAAGCAGGGCCCUAUAAAGUCACUUUGGAAGAAGGAAAGAGAUAUUCAUGGUGUACAUGUGGCCUCUCGGAGAAGCAACCAUUUUGUGAUGGCAAGCAUAAAGGAAGCGGUAUGAAGUCACUCAAAUUUGAGGCAACUCCAGAAAUGUGCAAAGAAGAAGUUUAUUUAUGUGGAUGUAAACAAACUGCAAAUCCUCCAUUCUGCGAUGGAAGUCAUUCCAAGUGUGAGGUCACUGGCACUUCGCCAAGCAGUACUCAAACCGAUCAUAACAACCAUUAA